AUGAACCAUAACGCCAACGCUCAAUCUUACGGAAGUCCAAAAGGCCGCGCCUCCUAUACCGCUCAAGAGGAGGCAGAAUUGAGAGAAUAUUUAAUACAAAAAAGAAGAGAAGGAAUGCCUUUGUACGGCAACGUCAUAUAUCGGACUUAUCCCGGGGUAGAUGUUCGUCACCCUUGGCAAUCUAUUAGAUCUCAUGCAAUAAAAUUUAUUAUGCCAAAUUUACCUCCUGAACGCUCCGUUGUCGUAAAUAUGGCGAAUGAAAGAAUGAGUGCCUCAACAACGCCAAUAGUUAACGAACAAGAGCAAAUACAUAAUGCUACUCUUACUCAAAUAACCAAUAAUCAAGAACAGCAGGAAAAUAAUGCUGAUAAUACGUCUUCUCCUAAUGCAACACCAACUCGUAUUGAAAUUUGCGAAUUUCAAGGACAGGACAAUGCUCCAACCUCUUCUACGCCACAAUUAAGUGAUAAACGUGAACUACAGGAGCCAAGUGUCUCUAAUGUUAUAUCAAUUCAAUCUGUACCAGGCAAUGAUACAUCAAUUCAAUCCGAAUCAGGCAGUGUUACAUUAAUUCAAUCUGAACCAAGCAGUGUUUAUUGUACUCCUUUGAAACAAAUACGAAGUAGCAGCGACUUACAAGAGGAAAGAAGCUCCAACGUCACACAAACACGUCCCAUGUACAACAACUAUAGGGAAAGUCAAGAACAGACAAUAUUUACUAAAGAUGAAGUGAAAACUUUUCGCGAUUAUCUUAUUUCUCAAAGAAAUGCAGGUGAAGGCCUAUACGGAUCUUUAAUUUAUAGACUUUAUCCAGGACUGCAUGAACAUUCAUGGAAUUAUUUACGAGAAUAUGCUAUAAACCAUAUUAUCCCAAAAUUGCCUGAUGAUUCAAACAAUGAUAGGCGCCAAUCCCAAACAUCAAAGAUAACACACGAUAUGCCAAAUGCAAAUUCGAGAGAUGAUAUUUAUGAAGUUGUUGGUGACGAUGAAUUUGAUCCCAAAAAUGGAUCAUCUUCAGUUCAUGAUAUAAUUAACAUGGAUCAAUUCCAAGAUGACGAGAGUUCUGAUUUUUUCGAUGAUAAUAGCGAUGCUCAAACUCUAGUUUCAUGUGCGACAAUUGUCGAAGACGAUUCCCCCUCUCCAGAACGAACCAGGUGUCAUUUUUUAUCUAACCAUGAUGCCGAUGAUUAUUAUCAUGAUGGAAGUGUAAAGAGAUCACGGACGAAUAAAGGGAAAAAGGCUGUUUCCUUUCACAUAAGUCGGUCAGAUCAAGCCACAGAUAAUACAAGCACCUCACCAUCAAAUUCUACAAUAUUGUUACAAUCUAACGACAGUAAUGGUGAAUCAUUAGAAAAGGAAAGAAUUACGACUCCUCCAAGUCAGUCCCCGCAAGCAGUCUUGCAAAAGAAUAAACAAUUGUCUACAGGAAAUAUUUUUGCUUCCUCAUCAAAAUCUGUGUCUUCCGUAUUGCAUGUGGAAAUAGAGGAUGUCGAUUCUGCUUUUAGUGAAGCAAUGGAACAACUUUGCGAAUCGCCUACUAUCAAUCAUCUAAAUAGACAAUACUUGAAGGGUAGCACUUUGAAUAUUGCUACACCACAGAAUCAUCUGCCAAUUCGGACAUUUAAUCAAGUCCCAUCCUCUAAGGCAUUAGGAAAAAGGCCUGCUCCAUCCAUAUCUACCCCAGAUAAUUGCGCUGAUAACUACAUUAACAAAUGGAAGAAGCGGAAGCCAUCAUCGAUCAAAAAUUUUGAUUCCUCCGACCUUGAAAAAAUCUCCAAUAGCAAGCAUGGAACACAGCUCCUCGCAGAACAAGAAUUUUUCAUUAAUCUUACGUCAAUUGCUGCUGAAUUCUUGGUUGAUCGUAAAGAAGUCAUGCAAAUUGUUCAUAUGACUGGCUGCAACUUGCAAAUGGUCAGAGAAUAUUUUCAAAACGGCAGAAAUAUUCCUGACGAUAAGAAAAAAUACUUUUGGACAAAUGAUGAAGAUAUGGCGCUUCUGAAACCAAACAACUUUCAGUCCAUUUCAACAAUCAAAACUAAUCAUGGUACAAAGUUAUUCUGGGAAAGAUCGGAAUAUAUCAACAGAUACUAUGCUCGAGAUGCUUACCUUUGA